AUGGAAACACCCUUCCCCGCAGCAGUCCUGUGGAUGGGACUUGUUUUAUUCCUCCCCCAUUCUUCUCUCCAGGCAUGCACCAGAGGUACAAUAAAAUUGUGUGAAAAUGCAGAGUUUGCUCCUGGAUCCAACCUGGCUGGAGAAGGUUUUGACAUCACUAAGAUGCAACGUAAAGGAGCUUUUGUUAUUGACAUGAACAAAUGGCAGCAGAAGGACAAGACCUGCACCCUGUGCGGAAACCCUUAUAUGGAAAAUAAGAAGCAGAAGCUCCCAGUGUCUGUGGUGGACUGGCGGCCGAGUCACAAAUGCAGCAUGAAGGUGUCCAGCACGCUCUACCAGACCAGUGAGGCUCUGGUCAGCUCUACCACAUCAUCUAUCGAGAACAACUGGCAGGUCGGUCUGGAGAUAGACACACACAGAGGCGGUGGGUCAUUGAUGUUGGGGGGAACCAUGUCCAAGCUGGCUGAGUAUUCCAUGGAGAAGACCAAGAAGGACAAAUUCAGCUUUACUAGCCACAAGACAUCUUGUGAGUACUACAGUUACAGAGUUUCAAACAAACCCUUGCUGCAUCGAGAGUUCAAACGUACUGUCAAAAAUCUACCCAAGAUAUACAAUGGCCAACAUAAACAACGUUUCUACAAAUUAAUCGACAGCUUUGGAACCCACUACAUCACCAAAGUAACCCUGGGUGGGACAGUGCACUCAGUGACCAGUAUCAAGCAAUGCCAGGCAGCACUGCAGGGCCUGAGCGCUGAUGAAGUGAAGACAUGCCUGGAUGUGGAGGCGUCAGCCAGUGUGGGUGACAAGGCCAACUCAAAGGCCGAGUUUCACCACUGCAAGGAAGCCAAGGACAAGACCGAGAGCAAGAGCAGCUUCUCCAGCAGCUUUAAUGACAGGUUCACAGAGAUCUCUGGCGGUCACACCACAGAGCCUGAUAUCCUGUUCUCUGCAGAUAAAGAUCCUGCUGCUUACAAGGAAUGGCUCUCCUCUGUGCCUCAGAACCCGGAUGUCAUCUCCUAUUCCCUCGAGCCUCUUCAUGAGUUGAUCCCCCCCAAGAACCCGGCGCGGAAACACCUUCGCAAAGCCAUCCAUGAUUUCAUCUUGGAGAGAUCCCUGUGGAGAAACUGCUCAGAACCCUGCAAGUCUGGUAGCAAAACCAACCCAAAUGAGCCCUGUAUCUGCACCUGCCACAACAACCCAGGAGUCAACAUUGACUGUUGCCCUACUCGACGUGGACUAGCCAGAGUGAGCAUAACGGUGGACAGGGCAGUGGGGCUGUGGGGUGACCACAGCACAGCAACAGAUGGGUACGUCAAAGUGUUUGGCAAAAACUCAUUUCUGAUUGGCCGCACACCUGUCAUUAACAACAACAACGCACCACACUGGAACAUGAUCUUUGACCUGGGGGACACUGUGCUGUCAGAUCUGAAUAGUCUUAGACUCGAGGUGUGGGACGAAGACAAUAAGUGGGAUGACGACCUGCUUGGAACCUGCUCUGUACCACUGGCUGCGGGAAGGAAAAGCAACUUCUGCAAGCUAAACCAUGGCGAGCUCUUUUACAAGUUGCAGGUGACAUGUGCCCCGAGCCUGGCUGGUCCCUCCUGCGUCGAGUACGUAGGCUCUCCGAUGAAUUAUCAGCUGGAGAAGGCUUAUGUGUCCCGCCAUGCCCAGCCUCUUCCUAAAGAAAUGCUGGUGAAAAUGGGAGUGCUUGUGGAUGAAGCUUCUAGUCAGGGGAAUCAUGCCUAA